CGCUCUACGGGCAGGGCGCGGCGCGUGCGUACCACGGUCCCCGCUUUCCCCUCGCUUUAAUUCCCCCUUAUUUCGUAGGGAGUUCAUUGGGAGGCCACUCCAGGCUCCCAAGAGCUCAUGUGCUAUUUCUCGGCGUGCGGCACCUUGCGAUGGACAGAUUCCUGCUCAGAGGGCCUCUGACGAGCACCGCAGGACAGGCCAAGCGGGCAUCCCCUGGGCGAGAGGAAGACGAUGCCAGCCCCGUGGAGGAGGACGGCGGUGGGACGGCGGCGAAGCGGCCCAGGCGGGACACGGCUUCCCGGGAUGAGCGCAUCUCGAGCCACGCGCGCUGGAGGCACAUCCAGGCCCAGGGGCUCAGCUGUGACUACAAGAUCCUCUUCGGCAAAGCCGAGGCUGACGCCAUCUUUCAAGAGCUUGAAAAGGAAGUUGAAUAUUUUGAAGGGGCACUCACCAAGCUGCACAUCUUUGGGAAGUGGCACAGCAUCCCACGGAAGCAGGUGACCUACGGCGAUGCUGGGCUGACCUACACGUACUCGGGCGUCACCUUCUCCCCCAAGCCGUGGAUUCCGGUUCUGGACCGUAUCAGGGACCGCCUCCACCUGGACACUGGUCACAGCUUCAAUUUUGUUCUGAUUAACAGGUACAAGGACGGGCGGGAUCACAUCGGGGAGCAUCGCGACGACGAGCGCGAGCUGGUCCCUGGCAGCCCCAUUGCCUCCGUGUCCUUUGGCGCCAGCAGAGACUUCAUCUUCCGGCAUUGCGCUUCCCGAGGCAAGGCGCCCUCGUGCCGGAUCGAGCCCGUCAGGCUGCUGCUGGAGCACGGCAGCCUGCUCCUGAUGAACUUCCCCACCAACCGGUACUGGACCCACAGCCUGCCCAGCCGGAAGAAGGUGCUGGCCCCGCGAAUCAACCUGACGUUUCGGAAGGUGCAGGCGCUCUAAGGGGGGCCGUGGGCCAUGGAGGUGUCUCUUGAGAAACAGAGUGUGGAGCCCGAAUAUCUUUGGAUAAUAAAGAGAUUCCACAGA